AUGUCUCUUCGCUCCAAUGAGCCACCCAGCCCAGAGGCCAAGGAACGUCGCGCACGUAAUAGGGCAGCGCAGCUAAAGUUUCGUAAGAAGAAGCAAGAAGUCGAUGAGACACGCUGCAACCGGAUAAAGCACCUUGAAAGCGUGGUGGAGAAAAUGAGCACUGUAUUAGUCGACUUUACAGAUGGCCUCUUACAGCAAGAAGUAGUCCAACAGAGCCCUGGCAUGAUAGCGAGCAUUCAAAGCGUUAUCGCCGAUAUCCUUGCAUUGGCCAAUGAAGCCGGGGACCCCGAGCAAGACUCCAAGGCUCGUAAGGCUCGAGGGAAAGCCACCGAAACACAGUAUCAUUCUCCCAAAGACUCCGAACAUGAGCUUCCUGAUUCAACCCCCAGUAAUACUGUCACCGCCACUACCGACGACUCGAUGACUGCCAGUUCCCUACUGCCCCUUGCAGACGACUCCCCCAUAAAUAUGCCCUUGUUUGAAGACACAAUGGUGCCGCUACCGGUAACUCCAACGAUCUACCCCCAAGCGAAUUACCCACCAUCUAGGAUCCCAGCACCUCUCAGCCCUCUUUUAUGGACAUCCUCACUGCCGCCUCUAUCCCUCAAUUCUUUCAUUUGUCGCCUCACAUAUUCAUGCUUCAAGGCUGGCUGCCUUGUUCUCAGCAGAUCGAUCGAUGCGCCAUUUCCCCUCUCAGAAGAGAGCCGUAUGUUUGGCUCGACCCUUCGCUACCGCGAAAGGGAUGAGAUGAUAUUGAGAAUGCGGUGGCUACUUGGCCCAGGCAAGCAUGAACUUCAGACCUUGGCAGAGUUACCAUGGGGAGGGCGGUGGUGGGACCAAGAGUUUUCCGGUAGCGACCUUGCGAACUAUGCCACAAAUGCCGCCAUGGUUGACUCAUCUGCCCCCCAGUUCCUCAGUGUCCUUGGUGUCGAGAAACAGCUCAUGGCGCUUGGCGCUCGCUUGGUGGAUAAAGAAACCAUCGAGCUGGACUCGAGUGCCUUGGCGAUAUUGUCAGGAAAUCGCCUAGAGCCUAGCUGCGCGCAGCCAGAGAGUUGGAGUUUUGUCAACCUUUUCCCGUCAAGAGAUUCACGACCGCAGAUAGGCGCGCCGAGAGUACGGGUCAGUCUGAACUUACUCAUCGCAAACUUGACAAAGAUCGCGGUUUGCUUGAUGAAAGGCCCUGGCUUCCCCAGGCAAGCAUUACGAGGAGCCAUUGAACAGUCCGUGAUUACGAGGAAGAUCAUAUCAGGAAGACCCGAAAUGGCCAGUAUGGAAACAUCGCUGUGCUACUAA